CAGUUUCAUGCAGGCGUGUACCUGUCCUUUCUCCCACGUUCUUAGACUUGAUAACAGUGUGAACUUUAUUUACCACAAUAUUUCACUUAGAUAUUUUACAGUUGUUGGCAUUCAAACAGAUGUAAUUCCAUUGAUGAAAGUUGGAAAGUUCAGUGCAGCCACUUCCCAAGACAACCAAUUGCUGAAAUAUGCCAGCCACUUUGUACUCCACCAAGCCUUUUUGGCCAAUCCGUCGUGUGCAACGUUGAACUUGACUCAUUAGGCAUAGCCGUCACCAUCACUCCUGAGUCUUCUAUCAUCAUAUUUAUCACGCAUCGAGCUACAUGGUUAUACCGGAGGGUCUAUGCCCUGUUGUCCUAUGUCUGGUAACAGGUAGAAGAUAAAUCAAAAUUCAGAACAUUGUUUUAAAGAACAAAAGAACCUUUUGAAAAGUGAACUGUUCAAGCUAUGUGGUGCUUUCUAUGUGAUAAUUGCAAGUUGGAAGUUUCGGGUUCUCAAGGGUUAAGGAUGUGGACCCAAACUCCCUCGUCACUGCAGAAAAACAAGAAAGGUUGGAGCAGAAACAAGGAAGAACAACUAUAAUCUAGAAAAUACCGAAACGUUCUACUUAAUGAACUAGGAAUUAUGGGAAAUAUAUAUGAAAUACCCUCUUGGCUAUGGUGAUGAUUUUUCUUCAUCAUUUUUCUAUUAAGGUUGAAGACAAUACAGUGAUACACCACACAAGAAGAUUCGUUGCUGAAGAAGAUUUGUCCUUAUCACAGUUUUUUUUUUCUUUCUUUUUUGGAUCAAAUCUGACAAAGUGUGCAUUUGAACACCUGAAGAGAGAAAAACCAAGAGCCUGUGAUUCAUUAAAAAUUUACAUUUCAGCUGUGAGUCAAAAACUAAGGAAGAAGGUAGUGUAUUAUUCUAUGACAGAAGAAAACGGAGAAAAGCGAACAGGAAAAAACCAUAAACGACAACGUUUUGAGAGGGUGAAGUAGUUAGAAAACGGAACAAAUUAAACGACGUCGUUUGAGUUUUACCCCUUCUUCCCACGCGUGCACACUAAACGGGCUUCGGCCCUCCUCUCAGAUUUGGCGGCAAAAAACCUAACAACUGCAACUGCGAACUAGGGUUUGUGCAAUGUUAAUGAUUAUGAUGACGUGAUUUUAUCUGAUUGGAAGAAGUGAUGAGUUCAAUGGAAGGAGCAGCACAAUCUGAGUCUCCAACAAUUAGGGCCAUAAAUAAGGGUGCAGUUCAUCGUAUUUGCUCCGGGCAAGUGAUUCUAGAUCUUUCUUCAGCUGUCAAGGAGUUGGUUGAGAACAGCUUGGACGCCGGCGCCACUAGCAUCGAAAUCGCUUUGAAGGAGUACGGCCAAGAAUGGUUCCAAGUCAUCGAUAAUGGCUGUGGCAUUUCGCCGAAUAAUUUCAAGGUUCUUGCCCUUAAGCAUCAUACUUCUAAAUUAAUUGAUUUUCCUGAUCUUCAAUCCUUGACCACUUUUGGCUUUAGAGGGGAGGCACUGAGUUCCCUCUGUGCACUUGGGAAUUUGACUGUCGAAACAAGAACAAAAAAUGAAUCGGUUGCAACACACCUGACCUUUGAUCAUUCAGGUUUACUAAGAGAUGAAAAGAAAACAGCACGUCAAAUUGGUACCACUGUCACUGUUAAGAAGUUGUUCUCCAAUUUACCAGUGCGAAGCAAAGAAUUUAGUCGCAACAUACGCAAGGAAUAUGGAAAGCUUAUUUCUUUAUUGAGUGCCUACGCUCUUAUUGCUGGAGGAGUUCGGUUAGUCUGCACCAAUACAACUGGAAAAAAUGUGAAAUCAAUGGUUCUUAAAACACAAGGUAGCGGUUCCCUGAAAGAUAACAUUAUAACAGUGUUUGGCAUGAACACCUUCAACUGCUUAGAGCCUCUGAAUAUAUGUUUGUCUGACAGUUCCAAAGUUGAUGGCUUUGUUUCUAAGUCUGGAUAUGGCAGUGGACGGACUUUGGGAGAUAGACAAUUCUUUUUUGUAAAUGGUCGGCCGGUAGAUAUGCCUAAAGUUGGCAAGCUUGUGAAUGAGUUAUAUAAAGGAGCAAACUCCAGGCAGUAUCCCAUUGCAAUAAUGAAUUUUACUGUUCCAACUCGAGCAUAUGAUGUCAAUGUAACACCGGACAAAAGAAAAAUAUUCUUUUCUGAUGAAGGCUCCAUAUUGCACUCCCUAAGAGAGGGAUUAGAAAAAAUCUAUUCCCCAAGUCUCACCAGUUAUUCUGUUAAUAGAUUUGAGGAGCCUACAGAGGAGACCGAUAAUUCUGAACUAAAUCCUCCUCAAACACAAAUUCUUUCGUCGUCGAAACAAUUAUUUCCAGAUGGCAGUGAUCUUCAGGAAGAAGCACACAGUGAGGAACAAAUUACAGAGGACCAAAUUCCUUCAAAGAUGGUCAAAAGUAGCACUGAGAACAUGCAUGCUGUCAAGGAAAUGGACCACAGUUAUGACAAAGAUUCAAUUGAGAAGGACUUUUCUCUUCGAGUCCAUGGUAUUAAGAAGGCAGAUAGCUUUCCCAAGUGGGACAGUGAGAAAACGACAAUGACCAUCAAUAGUGAUACAAUUGAUCAUCAAGUUCUAUCUCUUUCAGAAAUGGUUGUAAAAGGCGCUGUUGGAAAUAAAGGUUCAUCCAGUCAUUCAAGCUACAUUCAAUCAUUUGGAAAUAAAGGUUCAUCCAGUCAUUCAAGCUACUUUCAAUCAUCACUAUCCAAAUUUGUAACAGUAAAUAAAAGGAAGCAUGAAAAUAUUAGUACAGUGUUAUCUGAAGCCCCUCUCCUAAGAAACCAAACCCCUAAUUGUCAGUUAAAGAAAAACAACUCUGAGAUGCAUGCUCUGGUUUCAAGAUCCUUUGUUAACCAUCAGAAAACUAAUGAUUCUGCUGGAAUUAUUGAGAGUGAGCCUUCCAAGUUUCUUGGAGUAGACAGCGCCUUUGAUGCAACUGAAAACCCACAUUAUUCUGGAGGAAACAUUAAUGAUGAGAAAGCUGGAGAGGACUUGGAGAAUCAUGAAACACCAUUGCCUCCUGCUGAUGUGGCAACAACUGCUUCACUGAGUGAAGAAAAAAAUAUUUCAGAUCUUUCAGGUGUAGCUUCUGCAGUGCAAGACACUCCUGUGCUGGACACUCCUAUGCCUUCUUCUGAUUUGAAGAUAUGUUCCACGUUGCAAUUUAGUUUUGAAGAGUUAAGGACAAGGAGGCAUCAGAGGUUGUCAAGGUUGCAAUCUAGCUCUUAUAAAUGUGGAAGAACAACGACUGAAAGGUGCUACUCUGCUGCAACACUGGAGUUUUCUCAACCUGAAAAUGAGGAACGAAAAGUAAGGGCUCUAGCUGCAGCUACUACCGAGUUGGAGAAACUUUUCAAGAAACAGGACUUUGGAAGAAUGAAGGUGAUUGGGCAAUUCAAUCUUGGUUUUAUCAUUGGAAAGUUAGAUCAAGAUCUAUUUAUUGUGGAUCAGCAUGCUGCAGAUGAAAAAUACAAUUUUGAGCAUCUGGCACAAUCAACUGUCUUGAACCAGCAGCCUUUGCUUCGGCCAUUGAGGUUGGACCUAUCUCCUGAAGAAGAAGUAAUUGCUUCCAUACAUAUGGAUAUAAUCAGGAAAAAUGGGUUUGCUUUGGAAGAGGAUCUACAUGCCCCUCCUGGUCAAAGAUUCAAACUAAAAGCUGUUCCCUUCAGUAAAAACAUAACUUUUGGAGUUGAAGAUGUUAAGGAGCUUAUUUCUACUCUUGCUGAUGGUCAAGGGGAAUGCUCAAUCCUUGGUACUUACAAAAUGGAUACUUGUGACUCUAUUUGCCCAUCGAGAGUCCGUGCAAUGCUAGCAUCACGUGCCUGCAGAUCAUCUGUUAUGAUUGGAGAUCCACUUGGAAGAAAAGAGAUGCAGAGGAUACUAGAGCAUCUUUCAGACCUGAAGUCACCCUGGAAUUGCCCACAUGGUAGGCCAACCAUGCGACACUUGGUCGACUUAACAACCAUCUACAAAGUACAUUCAAAUGAUGCAACAGUGGAUGAACCCUGCAUCAAUGAACCAUGCCCACCCUUCUCUUAACUUAUUUUUGUUGUCUCUGUAAAUUCUUGCGACCAUCUGCCUCUACAAGAAUGUAAAGCACCCAAUCUAGUGAUGUGUUACAAUAACUGCAACUCUGGUCUUCCCCUGAGGGUGAAAACCCAUCUUUUUCUUACAGAUUGUUAGCAUUGAUAUGGGGAAGGGAGAUUCAUUUUUUUGCA